AUGGCCUCCAAGGAGGGCAAUACCGCCACCGUCCUCGAGACAAUCCCCGAGGACCCUGCCCCCAAGCGCACCACCCGAAAGAAACUCCCAGACUCGAAGCCCUCGAAGCCCUCGAAGCCCUCGCCCGAGGAACCCUCCCCCGAGAAGAAGAAGCCAGCCGCCCGCAAGGCCGCCUCCAAGAAGACCACUACAGCCGCUGCCUCCCGCAAGCCCAAGCCGGCCUGCAAGAAACCCAUCAUGGGACCCGGCCGCCCCAAGGGAAGCAAGAACAAGGCGGUCAAGAAGAACAAGCCCCCCGCGAAGCGCAACAAAAACGCCAAGCGCACCACGGCCCACGACCUCCUCGCCGCCAUCCAGGACGACGAGAUCCCCACCAACGCGCAGGUCAAGGCCGACUACGGCUUCUCGCGCUGCUACAUCACCCUCGACCAGAGCAAGCUCUACAACGUCUACCGCACCGUCCUCGAGGACUUUGAGGUCAAGCCUGAGGAGCUCCACGAGUGGCUUCACCACGAGGAUGGUCUGAAGAAUGUGGCCGCGGAGAUCAAGGCCAAGUUUGAGGUCUUGCUUGGUCCGGAGGAUUACCAGGGUGAUUACAAGUGGUUCCUUGAGAACCAGUACAUCUGGGACCCCGAGGAUCUUGCCAGCGAGGCUAAGGCUGCGCGCGCUGCGAAGGAGUUGAAGGAGUACUACGAUGCUCGUAAGCGACCUGGUGACGACUUUGACUGGUACUCUUGA